AUGAGCAGGGCGCUGCCAAGUCCGCGGGGAAGUGGCACCGAGGCGGGGGCGGCAGUUGCUGCCCCUGCACGCUCCUCCCCGGGCCGCUUGACCCUUCUCUGUGCGGGCCUGGCCUCGGGCCUCGCCUCGCCAGGCACCUUGCCACUCCCAAAGGCGGCCCCGCGUCGCCCUGUGCAACGGAAGCUGGAGGAGAGGCUCGGGGGUCCAGCGUCCCCUCUUCAGCCGCCUCCCGCCCAGGGCAGCCCAGCUUCUCUUUCGGGAAGCGCCGGCCCUUGGCUGGAGCUGCCCGAGGGCGCACCGGGGAGUAAGCGCCACCCUCCGCCGGCUCUUAUUGCAAAUGCCGGCACCGAGGAGCCAGAACCCCCGCUGUCGGUUGCCCAUCCUGGUCCUCUGCUGCGCGACCCCGGCAGGACCACGCAGCAGCCCCCAGGCAGCCUCGCUCUUCCUCGGGCAGUAGUUUUACUCGGGGCGGGAAGCCGGGCGAAGCCUCCGGAGUGUCCUUCGGAGCGCGCCAGGCGUCUCAUCGGUGGAGUGAGCAACCAGCAGUGCUUUGAAACUCAGUCGUUCCAGUAUAGUGGAGACCGGCUGGACGUGGCUUGCCCCACAGACACAAAGAGAGGUUCUACAGUGGAGAGGGGGGGGGGGACUACGUCAGUGCAGGUAUCACGGGCAGCCUCGGUUCAUUUUUCGCCUCACUACCGAGCCUGCUUCCUCCGCACGCCGCCUUCCGCUGCCGUCCCUCCCCCGCAGCGGCCCCGCUUCCCGCCCCGUCGGCUCGCUGAGGCGUUGGUCCAGCCCAACGGCUCCCGGGCGACAGAAGGGACAAGAUGGCGGCGGCGGCGGCGGCGCGGUGGCCUCUGGGCCCCCUCUGAGAGCGGCUCCCUGCGCUGGGCGAUGUCGGACUCGGACUCGGAGGGAGAAGGCGCGAACCGGCAGCUCAAGUUUGUGCUCUUGGGCGAUGGCGCCUGCGGCAAGACCUCCUUAGCUACUCGUUUUGUUCACGAUACUUUUGGAAAGCAAUACAAGCAAACCAUAGGACUUGACUUCUUUUUGAAAAGAAUAACACUCCCAGGAAAUAUAAAUGUUACUCUUCACGUAUGGGAUAUCGGAGGCCAAACCAUAGGAAGCAAGAUGCUGGACAAAUAUAUCUAUGGUGCACAGGCUGUCCUUUUGGUGUAUGAUGUUACGAAUCAACAGAGCUUUGAAAACUUAGAAAAUUGGCAUAAUGUUGUAAAGAAGGUCAAUGAAGAGUCAGAAACUCAACCCCGUGUGGCCCUUGUAGGCAAUAAAAUUGAUUUGGAACAUUUACGGACAGUAAAAAUUGAUAAACAUCUUCAAUUUUGCCAGGAAAGUCAUUCUAGCAGUCAUUUUGUAUCAGCAAAGACAGGCGAUUCUGUGUUCCUGUGUUUUCAAGGAAUUGCAGCUAACCUUGUUGACGUCAAAUUAAACAGAGCAGAAAUAGAACAAUUACAGAAUGUGGUGAAGGCGGAUAUUGUAAACUAUAGCCAGGAGCCUGCAACAAGAACUGUUAAUUCUCCCCGGAGCUCAAUGUGUACAAUUCAGUGAGCAUUUUCCUUUUUUUGUACAGUGCUCCUUUCGCUGCCUUCGCCCAGCAAUGGAGUUGCCGGGAAUGUUGCUUUAACAGGGAACGUGACUGUAGUGCAUUUAGAAGUUUAAAAAUCCUACUACCCAGGUGGCUUCCUUGAAUAGCCAAGAUUCAAAUAGUGGGGUCACACACUUUGAAAAUAUAUAUAUUCUUCUUAAUUAUAUUUCAGUAAAGUGAUUGUGUGUAGAGAUAUAUUAAAUAUAUUGUCAGAAAGUUUGAAGGGUGAAUGCAACAUGUAAAUUAAAUAGGAUGAGAAGAGAUUGUGAAAUAAAGGAAAAUGCAGUAAAAAUAGAUUGGCUUUAUCUCUUUGAAUAUAUCCAUUUUGUCCUUUUUCUUAUUAGGACCAGGAGAGCGAUUCUUUCUUUA